UUGAUCUGUUACUUAUUAGAAAAAAAUAUUUCUCUUAGAAAAUUUAAUUAGGGUUUUUAGAAUUUUUGGGCUUUUCCUUCUGUUCUAUCUUCUCUCCCUCUUGAUUCCUCUGAAAAUCAUAGGGAUCGUUCUUGAUUUUCUAUUGUCUAGGUUGAUCUGUUACUUAUAGAAAAAUAUAUUUCUCUUAGAAAAUCUAAUUAGGGGUUUUAGGAUUUUUGAGCUUUUUCUUUUGUUCUAUCUUCCAUGGUUAAUUUAUUUUAACGAUUAAUAUUUGUUUUUAAAGGAUGGAUACAAUUCAAGAAAAAGAACUAAACGAAGAAAAGAAGCAGACGAAGAAGACGAAGAAGAAGAAUGCCUGGGAGAAGAGGAAGGAGAUGAAUGCCAGGGAGAAGAGGAAGGAGAUGAAUGCCAGGGAGAAGAAAGAAGAAGAAGAAGUUGAGUUUGCCUUUGUAUUGUGUCUACCCUUUGUGUUUAGGCAUGACGUUGUUGGUCUUGUCUUGAAGGAAUUCACCCAAAUUGGUUUGAAGUUAUUAGACCUGAGAUUGGUGAGUGUCUCAAGAAAAUUUAUAGACGCUCACUUUGAGAAGGAGGGUAGAUCUGUACUUAAAACUACAGGAUUUCCAUAUCUUGGUGUUGGUCCAUUCCUUGCUAUGAAAUUGGAAGGAAAUGAUGCUAUCAAGGAAGCUUGUCGAGCCAUAGCAAACUGGAAAUUCAGGUCAACUGUUUACAUUAGUGCUACAGUUGAAAAGGCACUAGAAGAUGCUGCAACCUGGUUCCGCGACGAUGCUUCUGACUCGUUACAGAAAGCAAUGAAGAGGAACAGAAUGAUAUUCAACCACCCUGAUCACGGCAUAUGUGGUGGCUUGCCAGUACAAAUUAUACAAAGCAUAGUGAAAUACACCCGAAUCGCUUUUACCCUCUCAAGUAGAACUCAGCGGUUCGUCCUAAUCAAGCCAAAGGCUUUCGAGGAAGGAAUUAUACCAGAGUUGCUAAGUACUAUUGAGAGUAACUGCCUUUACAUGAAAGGGUUAAAGCUGGUAAAAAAGUCUGAAGUUCCCGACAGUGUUGCGUGGUCUGAUGAUAAUUCUUCUUCCUCGGGUGAAACUCAGGCUGAAGAAUAUGGUAUUGAUAAUUCUUCCAGGUUUAAUGUUUGAUACAGAAGGUUCCUUGAUCAUCGGGAAGGAUCAUGUUAGCAGAGAGUUUGUGUUUGUAAGUGCGGCAGCGGAAUCGUCGUUGAAGUUUGUUAAAGAGUUUUUCGAAUUUGGUGUUGUUGGCUGGCUGGAUCCAUCUAUACCACCUGGCUUUCACGGCGGUUACUUCGAUUCAACCUUAACUGGCCUUGAAUUUGAGGAUCAGGAUCCAGAUAUGACUAAUCUGAUAAAUGAGUUCAAAAGGACUUGGCUUGAAUUCGAGGAUCAGGAUGCUCCCGAGAUGGAUAAACAUUUUCAAAUUUUGGAUCUGAUUUGCUAAAUCCAGCUAUAACUGAAUUUAGCGGUGGUUCCUGAACUGGGGAUUUAUAUGUUUAUUUUCUCCCUCAUUCACUCUCGUAUAUUCAAUUUGUCUUUUGUUUUUAUGAAAUCUCUUGGAAUAAUCUAUUCCUUGUUUGUUUGUUUAUUCUGUGUGUUUAUGCUGGCUUCAUGUGAGCAAACAAGUAUAUUGAUGUGUGCGCUAUUCUCAAGUUACCAAUCUUUUGCUGCA